ACGUUUGAUCGACGGAAGUGCGCCUCGUAGCCAGGGAGGGACUUCCCCUGCCUUCUGAUUGGUGUGAUUUGAAAAAUCCGUUGUCUAGAGGCGGAGGGAAAGUUCGAAUUUGGAAUUUGAAAGACGAGCACAGUCGCAAAGACAGACGCAGAAUUAAACCAAAACAAUAACCAUGUUAAGGCCUACGAAGGGCAGAACCCCCCGGCGACCUGCGCCGAAGAAGCCUUACAACAAUCAGAAGGAUCCAGUUGGGGUGUACUGUCGUGCGCGCCCACUGAGCUGUGAUGAUGAGGAGUGCUGUAUCGAGGUCAUCAGCAACACCACUAUUCAGCUACAUGCCCCAGACGGCCUCAAGGCCAACCGAAAUGGGGAGUACAAAGAGACCCAGUAUUCCUUCAAGAAAGUGUUUGGCAUCAAAACAACUCAGAUGGAGCUGUUUGGGGAUGUUGCCAAACCACUUGUGGAUGAUGUCAUGCAUGGCAAAAAUGGUCUCCUUUUUACCUAUGGCGUCACUGGCAGUGGGAAGACCUACACCAUGACUGGCUUUCCUGGACAGGGCGGCCUCCUUCCCCGGUGUCUGGACAUGAUCUUCAACAGCAUCGGCCCAUACCAGGCCAAAAGAUUUGUGUUCAAGCCCGACGAUAAGAACGGCAUGGAGGUGCAGAACCAGGUGGAUGCCCUACUGGAGCGGCAGAAGAGGGACAGUCAGCAGAACGUUCCCAAAACUCCAUCCUCGCGGCAGAGGGUGGACCCGGAGUUUGCAGACAUGAUCCGACCGGAGGAGGCCUGCAGGGCGGAGGGUGUGGAUGAGGACAGCAGCUACAGCGUGUUUGUGUCCUACAUCGAGAUCUACAACAACUACAUCUAUGACCUCCUGGAAGAGGCGCCCGUUGACCCAUUAAAAGCCAAGUGGAACAGUGGAGGCACUCCUCUCCGGAGCAACACUGAGUUUAUACCACCCCAGUCUAAAAUUCUCCGCGAAGACCAGAACCACAACAUGUAUGUUGCCGGAUGCACUGAAGUGGAGGUCAAAUCCACUGAUGAGGCGUUUGAUGUGUUUUGGAAAGGUCAGAAAAAGCGGCGGAUUGCCAACACGCAACUGAACCGCGAGUCUAGCAGAUCCCACAGCGUGUUCAUCAUUAAGCUGGCCCAGGCUCCUCUGGAUGCUGACGGGGACAAUGUUCUCCAGGAUAAGAACCAGGUGUCGGUGAGUCAGCUGUGCCUGGUGGACCUGGCCGGGAGCGAGAGGACCAGCCGCACUCGAGCGGAGGGCAGCCGUCUCAGGGAAGCAGGUAACAUCAACCAGUCCUUGAUGACACUGCGGACAUGCAUGGAAGUUCUCAGAGAGAAUCAAAUGUGUGGCACAAAUAAGAUGGUGCCGUACAGAGACUCCAAAGUGACUCACUUCUUCAAGAACUACUUUGACGGCGAGGGCAAAGUCAGAAUGAUUGUGUGCGUCAACCCUAAAGCGGAUGACUACGAAGAGACUCUGCUGGUCAUGCGCUUUGCGGAGAUGACCCAGGAGGUGGAGAUUGCGCGUCCGGUGGACCGGCCCAUCUGUGGCUUUGCUGCCGGCCGGCGCCAGAGGAACCAGGCCUUCCAGGACGAGCUGUCCCGCCGCCUGGAGGAGCGUGGAGGCCCUGCUGACAAAGAAAUCACAGCAGGCCUGAGCCAGAUGCUGCAGAGCUUCCCUCCCCUACCCCCCUGUCAGAUCAACGACCCCACUGACGACCAGACGCUGCCCCGCCUCAUCGAGGCGCUGGAGAGGAGGUACAAGAUGAGGCAGUCCAUGGUGGAGGAGUACAACAAGACGG